UCUGAUAUUGUGGGAUCGCUGGCCGAGGCAGGAGAGAUGACGGAGGAGCAUAUUCACGAACAGCAAAGUGCGGGACUGCUGACUCUUACAUCCACAGAGCGACAACGCCGGCGCACCGCCAACGAUGCGUACACACACAAGUUCGACUUCCCCUUCGUCGUCUGCGCGAGGGAGAACAAGAAGGACGUCAUAAUGACCGAAAUCGAACGAAGAUUGUUGAACGAAUCCGAGCAGGAGUUGUCGACUGGCAUUAAUGAAGUGAAGAAAAUUUGCUACUACAGAAUUUUAAAUAUCGCAGUCCAGGAUGUGAUAGCUGUGGGCUAUAAAUCCUAUGAGAGCCAUUUCGGCCUACACAGCGUCGGUCACGCUG